GCCCCUCCUAGGUGCCGCUAUGUGACACUGACAUGUCUUACGGGCUCUUGGCAAAGUAGUGCUGCCCAUUGGUGAGUGAAGCGUGCGGCCAUGGCGGGGGGCAGCGAGACGCCGAGGUCCUCCAGGGCACUGGAGUUCUUCCAGCAUCAGGGGGCUCUGGAGCUGCUCGUCUUCAACUUUCUGCUCAUCCUGACCAUCCUGACCAUCUGGCUCUUUAAGAACCGUCGCUUCAGGUUCCUGCACGAGACGGGCGGGGCCAUGGUGUAUGGUCUGGUAAUGGGACUAAUUAUACGUUAUGCCACAAAAUCCUAUGACCUGGAAGAUGGGGCUGUUUACGACUGUGAGAGCUUGAAGAGUAACCCUACAACGCUGCUUAUUAAUGUCACUGACCGCGUAUAUCAGUAUGAAUACCGUGGAGAAAUCAGCAAGCACAACAUGAAAAAUGACCAAGGGAAUGCCAUGCUGCAGAAGAUGACCUUUGACCCUGAGGUUUUCUUUAAUGUGCUGCUGCCUCCAAUAAUUUUCCAUGCUGGAUACAGCCUGAAGAAGAGACAUUUCUUCCGCAAUCUGGGAACCAUAUUAACAUACGCGUUUCUGGGUACCGCCAUUUCUUGCAUUGUUAUUGGGUUGAUAAUGUAUGGCUUUGUUAAGGCCAUGGUACAGCUGGGACAAAUUCAAGCUGGCGAUUUUCACUUUACUGACUGUUUGUUUUUUGGCUCGUUGAUGUCUGCGACAGAUCCAGUAACGGUUCUGGCUAUUUUCCAUGAACUACAUGUGGAUACUGAUCUGUACACCCUGCUCUUUGGAGAGAGCGUCCUCAAUGAUGCUGUCGCUAUUGUCCUCACAUACUCCAUAUCAAUUUACAGCCCAAAGGAGAAUCCGAAUGUGUUUGAUGCAGCUGCCUUCUUCCAAUGUGUCGUCAAUUUCCUGGGAAUAUUUGCUGGAUCAUUUGCUAUGGGCUCUGGAUAUGCUGUCGUCACUGCUUUAUUGACAAAAUUCACAAAAUUGUGUGAAUUUCCCAUGUUGGAGACAGGGCUAUUUUUCCUGCUGUCAUGGAGUGCUUUCCUAUCUGCAGAAGCAGCAGGGCUGACAGGGAUUGUUGCCGUCUUGUUUUGUGGAGUGACCCAAGCCCAUUACACAUACAACAACUUAUCGGAGGAGUCCAAACUGAGAACUAAACAGCUGUUCGAAUUCAUGAACUUCCUGGCAGAGAACUUCAUCUUCUGUUACAUGGGGCUGGCGUUAUUUACCUUCCAGAACCACAUCUUUAAUGCUCUCUUUAUAUUUGGAGCAGUCAUAUCAAUCUUUGUUGCAAGAGCUUGUAACAUAUACCCACUUACAUUUUUCUUGAAUUUGGGUCGUAGAAGAAGAAUUCCCUGGAAUUUUCAACACAUGAUGAUGUUCUCAGGUUUACGUGGCGCUAUAGCUUUCGCACUAGCUAUUCGAGAUACCGAUUCUCAGCCCAAACAGAUUAUGUUUACCACAACGUUGUUGGUUGUCUUUUUCACCGUGUGGGUUUUCGGAGGUGGUACAACACCAAUGCUGACAUGGCUCCAAAUCAGAGUUGGUGUGGAUCCAGACCAGGACUUGAAGGAUCGACCUGCAAACCAGAGAACAGAAAACCCCACUGAAGGUUCUACCAAGGAAGAGAGCGCCCAUCUGUUCAGAGUAUGGUAUGGUUUCGAUCACAAAUACCUCAAACCCAUAUUAACACACAGUGGUCCUCCUCUCACAAGCACAUUGCCGCAGUGGUGCAGUCCUAUCGCCAGAGUGCUGACCAGCCCCAGGGCCUACUCACAGGAAGAGCUGAAAGAUGAUGAUAUGGACUGCAUUGUCAGCCAUGAUGAACUGACGUCAUCCUACGAGGACACCCAACCGGCUACUACCCUUCCCCCUACUGCACAGCAGAGCAGAGAUGAGCAACAGUCGGUACCGGCUGAGGGUACAGAUAAUGUACGGGAUGGAGAUCUUGGACUUGGGAGACAUGAAUUUUCAUUUGACAGAGUAUCAUAUCCCCCUCAUCUCAGCCAGCCCGGGGGGCAUGUAACCAUGUAAUUGUGCUUAUAAAUUCAGAUCUUCCUGGAGAUAUAAUACAUAUUAUUCUGGAUGAAGGAAGGGGUUUUAUUUGGCUAUGGAUGAAGGAAGGGAUUUUUAUUUUUAUUUCUUUUAACAUGUUGCAUGGACAAAGAGCCAGCCAUUUUGUCCUAAAAUGUAACAUGCCAGUUUACUAGGAAUCAGUAUACCUCAGUUAGGUGGGUUAUUAGGGUAUGCUAUAGUGAUAGUAUGGGGUCUCUAUAAAAGGGUGGGAGUUUGGGUGCCGAGACUUCAAGGAUCGCUAGAACAAACUGCAGUGUUCUGACUAGGGGCGCGUAAAUAUUAAAAGGAGCAUGGAAUCAUCGCCCGCUCCCAGGUUACAAAUAGCUAGUUAACAUGAGCCAGGAAUGGGGGAAAGAUUAGCGGGUGUACUCCCGACCGGCACACUGGCAGGGAGCACCUCCUGUGACUCUUCUUCGUGUUCCCAGCUUGCCGCAGUGAUUGUAACCAGGGGGCCUGUCAGGAGUUUAUGCUGUCCAUUGUUUGGGUAGCACAAAACUGAUGACAGGUUCCCUUAAAAUCUUUAAUUUCUACUUAGUGAACACAAUGCAAUUGCCUCAGCCUGUAGUCUAAUUUAUAUAUAUCUAAAGUGCACUUUUAUUCCAAGACUAUGCACAAUUUAUAUUCGUAAUCAUUAUUCUGUCCGCACUAUUGUCAGAUUUAUAAUACAGUAUAUAAUGUUUCAGAGUUUAUACUCAAUGUUGUGAAACCCCAAUCACUUGUAUUGAUACAUAUAUUAAGUCAUUUAACUAUAACCCCUAGAAUAUAGAUAGAAUAUAUAUGUAAUACGUAUUGAGAAUUAUUAUUAUUAUUAUUAUUAUUGUACCUUAAAGGGGUUGUCUCACUUCAGCAAGUGGCAUUAAUCAUGUAGACAAAGUGAAUACAAGGCA